AUGCGGAGGGCAGUGGGGAGAAGACUGGCGGUUCUUAUCAACGCCAAGUCCAUUCCUGCGCGAGCAGCAUCGACAUCGAACAUUCUAGAUGCUGCGCUUCAGGCUUCGUCUCAGGCAGAUGGAGCACAAGAAGACAAGUUUGUCGCCAGCCGCGGACGGCAUUACAUGUCCGGGAUGGAAGCCAUUGCCAAGCUUCCGAUCCUAAUGCGCGACCUCGACAGAGCUCGAGGGCUGAACACAGGAGGAUUCAUCUCAGGAUACAGAGGAUCUCCGCUAGGAGGGUACGACCAGGCGCUAAGACGUGUGGCGGGGCACUUGAGGUCCAGGAGGAUCGAAGUCGUCGAAGGUAUCAACGAGGAGAUAGCGGCGACGUCUGACAGAGAGGUGGAGGGCGUCUUCGGCAUCUGGUAUGGCAAGGGGCCAGGGGUAGACAGGAGCGGAGACGCGAUCAAGCACGCGAACAUGGCGGGGAGCUCGGGGAAGGGAGGAGUGCUUUGCCUGGCUGGAGACGACCAUGCUUGCAAGUCCUCGACCCUUCCUCACCAGAGCGAACUGAAUCUGAGGGAUAUGAACGUCCCCACACUCGUGCCAGGAGACGUCCAGGAGCUGCUGGAGCUGGGGGUUGUCGGCCUUGAGCUCUCGAGGUACAGCGGCUGCUGGGUAGGAAUGAAAGUUACCUCCUACAGCAUCGACAGCUCCUGUACCGUCGAUCUUGACAAGCUCCAGCUGCAAGUUUGCCUCCCCACCGAGGAGGAGUUCGCAAUGCCUGAGGGAGGGCUGAACAUGCGGGGAGGGGACGACUGGAACAGUCAGGAAAUGCGCAUGUACAAGUACAAGCUGCCGGCUGUGAGAGCGUUUGCUCGCAAGAACAGGCUGGACAAAGUUGUCUUUGGGGUUGGAGCGGGAGAACAGGAGCAGAGGGAGGGAGCGAGGAGGCGUCUUGGGAUUGUCAGCGCUGGGACGACCUGUCAUGAUGUUCUGGAAUGUCUUGAGAUGAUUGGAAUCGGCAACAAGGACGCUGUUGAACUCGGGAUAUCAGUAUACAAGGUCGCGCUCGUCUGGCCUCUGGACGAGGAGAGUCUGGUGGAGUUUGCCAGGGGCUGCGAAGAGAUUCUUGUAGUAGAGGAGAAGAGAGCGCUGCUGGAACUACAGGCAACGCCUCCUCCCUCUCCUCAUACUCCUCAUGCUCCUCCCAGAGCCCCCUACUUCUGCGCUGGAUGCCCCCACAACUCGUCGACGGUGGUGCCAGCAGGGAGCAUGGCGCUGGGAGGAAUCGGUUGCCACACCCUCGCGCUGUUCAUGGGGAGGAUCCAGCAGUUCACGCAGAUGGGAGGAGAAGGAGCGACAUGGAUCGGGACGAGCAAGUUUGUCAAGACCGGCCAUGUAUUUGUCAACGUGGGUGAUGGGACUUACGUUCACUCCGCCAUCCUCUCCAUCAGAGCUUGUGUGGCUGCGAACAUCAACAUCACAUUCAAGAUCCUCCACAACGGCGCUGUGGCCAUGACAGGAGGGCAGGCGAACGAUACUGGAGCCUUCUCUCACCCUCCUGCCAUGGCGCGACAACUGCGGGCCGAAGGCGUCAAGGAGGUAUCAGGUGUGACAGCGAUCAUCUACGACCAGGAGUGUGCAACGGAGAAGAGGAGGAAGAGGAAGCGCUCGAAGGUGAAGGAGCAGGAGCAGCGGGUGUAUAUACACGAGGAAGUCUGCGAAGGGUGCGGGGACUGUGGAGUCCAGAGCAACUGUGUUGCGAUAGUUCCCAAGGAGACUGCGCUGGGAAGAAAGAGAAAGGAUCAAAUCGGUCUGUCGCAGAAGAAUGGAUCGGUGGUAUCAGUGGUGAAGAUGUUUAAAGGGGAUGAGCGAAAAGAUAAGAACACAUUCUCCUGUGCUCGGCCGGCACAAGUCGACCUUGUGAUCAGCAUGGAUGUCGUGACGACUCUCCUGCCUCACAAUCUCGAAUGCAUCGGCGAGAGCACUCAGAUAGUCUGCAACCUCAACAAGACGAUGCCGGGAGCUUUCACCAGGGAUCGAGAUCUUCACUUCCCCAUGGAGGAGAUGCUCAUGAAGCUCGAAGAGCGAGUGGGAAGCGACCGAGUGCACCGCUGCGACAUGCACAGACUGUCGGAGGAAGUCCUCGGGGACGCCGUGUUUGCCAACGUGGUGUGCCUGGGGGGAGGGAGUGGACGUGGGAAGGAACUCCUUGGCGUUCAAGCUGGGAAGGCUGGCGGCACACGACGAGGGGUUGGUGGAGAGCUGGAGGAGGAGGAGGAGGGAGGGCGAGUGGGGGGGCGGACAGCACUGGAGAUGUCGUUGGACGAGACGGUAGAGGAUCGGAGCAGGAGGUUGCGGAGUUAUCAGGACGAGGCCCUUGCAAACAAGUACCAGGAGGGCGUCAGGGAAGUGAGGAGGAGGGAGGAGGAGCUUCUAGGCUGGCUCAACGGGGAGGAGGACGUGGAUGUCAAGGUGCAGAAGCUGUCGAACACUAUGGCUAGGAGUUACUACAAAGUCCUUGCUAUCAAGGACGAGUUCGAGGUUGCGAGGCUGCUCCUCGACGGGAGUCUGCAGCGGGAGAUCUCCAAGGGGAUGGAAGGAGAAUAUUCGCUCUCCUUCCACCUCGCUCCUCCUGCGCUCAACUGGUUCAGCAAAAGGCUGUUGAGGAGCAUGUCAUUCCUGCGCAACACCGUCCUCGAUCCCUUCCGCUUGUCAGCUGACAGAAAACUGAAUUUCAAGCUCCUUGCCCACUUUGAGGAUGACGUGGCGCUGGUUCUCCGUGUCUUGAGUGCUGCUAGAAACACGUCUUGGGCGCUCCCAGCCUACAAACUCAGCGUGGAGCUGCUGGAGAUCCCAAACAUGAUCCGGGGCUACGGCCAUGUGCGUGAAGAAGGAGCAGCGAAGGCAGCAGAGAGGAGGUCGGAGCUUCUGGCCCGGAUCGACUCCAUCAUGGAACGUGUUACUCCUGUUACUCCAGAGAAGUAA